AUGCUCAAACUCUCGAAACUACUCGACACAAGGCGUGAUAGCCCUGACGCGACCUCCGAUUUGCGUUUACCACUGUCGCCUUUGACUGCCAACUCCUCUGCUCCCGUGUCCCCAGCUCUGUCGCUCUUCUCCGCCAGAGGCCAUACGCGAUUGUCUAGUUCGACCUCGUCCUUGGUCUCCUCGCCUGGUCUCGCCAAUUCGAUGGAGUGCUCGUCCAAGUCCCAAUUGACGGACGUGAGAGAAGAAACCUGGGGUGAGACGCGUCAUCUCGAGGACGACUAUUUCCAACAUUUCGAUCAGGGCAUGUCUGUUACAGAUGACUCAUAUUUCCCCCCUUCAGCCGACUAUGACGGCUAUGAUCUCGCCGAUGGGACAGGCAUAGAUGUCGCCCAUUCGCCUAAAAAGCGACGCUCAGAUCGUUCCGAUAGUGUGUCGGCCAAGGGGAUCUCGCGCAUCAGCUCGCGCAUAUCCACCAUGUCCAAUCGCUGGAGACCCAAGCGGACUUCGGACGACCUGGCUCGAGAAGAACCCUUCCCCGACGAAUUGCGCUCCCGAACUGGUUCGGUAUCGUCCGCUAGGGUCAGCCCAAAUGGCAGUCCGCUGUCUCCUCGCAACCCGCCCUCCCCGGCCCGGGCUGUAUUUGAGGAGCGCCUGAGCGAGUCCGGAGUUCGCCCAAUCGAUAUCGAUCAAGCGAACCGUCGCAGUAUCGAGGAUGACAGCGCGCCUCAGGCUACCACUCCGCUGCUACCACCAUUUAUGGGCGAGGGGCCGCCGAGUCUGACCUCGACCAUCCACUCGCCGUUACAAUCCCCAUCGGUGGCCGAUGUGACUACAGAUGACUUUCUUGAGGACAAUGAUGGAAGCGAUUCCCGCACAGUGUAUGUGCCGUCACCACCUCUGUCCAAAAAGCCCUCGAUUGCCUCGUUCAACCGGCCGCGUACCAACACUAUGCGGUCUAUCAGUGGCGACGCCCCUCCGUUUGUCCUCUCGGACCCCAAUGACGAAUGGGCACACAAGUUGGGGCAUGCAAAUUUCACCAUCCAGCCCGAACCGUAUGUGCCCGAGGUGUGCGAGAUUGAGUCUUUCCAGCAGCUGCGUACCGACUGGGACCUGGCGCGAUGCAAUUUCGCCAAGCACCUCGUCCGGACCGGCGAACACUAUGGGAUUACUUCCAACAUCUACAAACUCACCGAAGAAAAAUGGGAAGCAAACAACAAAGAAUGGAAGCAGAUACACUACACCAUGCUCAGCCAGCUUGAAGCCAGCGGCGCAGCGAUUCUCAGCCUGACCAAGUCCAGCAUUCAUCCGUGUGAGCAGAUCAAACUGCCGCGCCUGCACGACAAUGCAAAGUUUCCCGAGCUUGGCGAUGAAGAGAUCGUUGGUCCCAUGGUGGUUGCACCAGCAAGCACCCUUCGAGGACCUUGUCGCACCCGCUCUUUGAAGAAGCGGAACUUUUUCAGGUUCUUCCAGGACCUGGUUACCCGAUCAUGA